AUGUUUGGCGGUGGUGACCUCGGUGGUUUCGGUGGCUAUGGAGGCUUUGGAGGUUUCGGUGCCUCUCAAGGAGGAGGCUUUGGCGGUGGUGGCGCUGGGAUGACCCAGAAGUCUGUUGUUGGAGGCUUCGGUCCGGUCUCGCCUAGUACGGGUCGAUCCAAGUCGGACCCCUCCGCGAGGGAGUCUAUGGGGCUUAUACCGGUCACAGCAGCUAUGGUUAUCAACGCCUUUAAGGAGAUGGAGGUCGGCGAAGCGAAUUUCAAGUUUCAUGGUAAGGAGGCGUUUAUGAUAGAGAUAGUGGGAGCGGUCAUAGACGUGCAGAGGAGGGCUGACAAUGGUAUGGAGUACACGAUCGAUGACGGCACUGGAUGUGUUCGGGCCACACGAUUCGUUGAGAGUAGUUUGUCGGCGAUGACAGAUGCUCCUGUUGAUGACAUUCGUGUUGGACAAUACGUGUCAGUGGUUGGUCGCCUGCGACGCUUCUCUUCGGAGAAUAACAUCACGGCUCACCAUAUUGAGCCCAUAUCGACGCCGGAUCGUAUCGCCCAUCAUAUGAUAUCUGUUGCCCACGCUAUGGUCAUGCUCACCGAUGAGAUUCCUAAGAUGAAGGCUGCUCUACAGAACCCAGGGACGGCACCACCUGCUAAUCAGAAUGCCCCCAAACAGGAUUUCGGCCAGCCAGCGUCCUAUCAAACACAAGCUAACAACAGACCUUUGAUGCAGAGGAUGAGUUCGGCUGGUGGGAACGCGGUCCUUGCCAGAGCUAGGCAGUUGCUUCUGCCGGAAUUAAGGGCGGCAUUUGGUGGGAUGAACGCUGCCUUUUCUCGCCAACAGGUGUUGAUGAGGUUCAGCACUCGAUUCCACACUGACGAGAUUAAUCAACUAAUGACAGCUCUAACUGAUGAUGGGCAGCUCUACACCACUGACGAUGACGAUCAUUUCAAGAUGUCCGGAGCAUAA